AUGCAUUCGCUGCCGUCUCCCGCCUUCUCUCUCUCCCUUCUCUUCCUCAUCGCACUCCCAUGGUGCCACGCCGCAGGGCCCCUCGCAGAAUACUGCAACAGUUGGAGUGUCACUCCAGAGGCCUCCGAGAUCAUAGCCCGCUUGCUGGCUACCCUCCAAUCCAAGGCUCCCUCGGGGGGAUUCUACACUACCUCCGCUGGCAGAGUAAAAAACAGGGCAUACGGUCUCGCCCAGUGUCGACAGGACGUGAGCGUCCCUGGUUGCAGAGCCUGCCUCAAGGACGCCGCGGUGCAGCUUCCAGAGCGCUGCCCCGCCGAGGCCGAAGCCUGGAUGUGGUUCGACCACUGCUUGGUGCACUACGGAACGCGGCCCUUCCGCGGAGAGCUUGACAUCAGCUACGGCGUCGUCGAUUCGAACGAGACUAACGUGACGGAGAACGCGGUGGAGCAGCAGAGGUUCAACCGGGAUCUGCGGUCGCUGAUGGGCAAGGUGCGGGCGCAGGCUGCGGCACGGCGGAACCUCGGCCUAGGGAGGGGCCAGACUAAGUUUUCCCCCAACGUGACGAUAUACGCGCUGGCACAGUGCACACGAGACCUGCCGCCUCUGGCGUGCUCCAAUUGCAUCUCAAGCGCCAGUGGCGACUUUCCCGAAUUCUGCCUGCACAAGAAAGCAUGCCGAGCUCUCUACAGCGGCUGUUACGUCCGCUACGAGCUCUAUCCUUUCUUCUUCCCCCUCGCUGUCGGCUCUUCCAGGGCGUCGGAGCCCUCCGUCUCCGUCGUAAUCUCCCCAUAG